UUUAGAACUCAUCUACUGUUUAGCUCACCAUGUCUGUGUUUCUCUGAGGUCCAGAAAAGAGCAAUCUUAGGUUGGGCAUGUGCCAUUGGGGUAACUGGUAUCCCAUCUCUCUACAGUAUGAAGAAAACAUACCAAAGGAUAAAGAAGUUGAUGGGGGAUCCAACUGAAAAGGUUACAGUGCCAUCUGGCACAACAUUUUACAUGAAUUCAGUUGCAAAAUUAAUUGCAAUGGUAAGAGUAUGA